AUGAGCGAGGAAGAGCCGAGCAGAGUGGAGGUUUCGGAGGAAAGGCAAAAUGGUGAGAGGAACGAGUUCAAGCUGUACAAACGGCGCUGGACGAUGCUGGCGGCCUUCAUCCUGUACACGACGUCCAGCUCGUUCCAGCUGUACCAGUACACCAUCAUUGCAGACGUCAUGACGCAAUACUACCAAGUCGCGCCCAUCGCCAUCAAUUGGACCUCGACCAUCUACAUGCUCGCCUUUGUCGUCGCCAUUUUCCCCGCCACUUGGUUUUACAAUAAAAUGGGUUUGCGCCCGUCGCUGCUUUUGGCGAUGGGAGGCACGUGCGUGGGCGCGUGGAUUAAAGUGCUGUCGCUGCGACGCGACCUCUUCUGGGUCACCAUGCUGGGCCAAACGAUCGUCGCCCUGUGCUCCACCUACGCCCUGAACAUCCAGGUGCCGCUGGCCGCCACCUGGUUCGGCCCCAAAGAGGUCUCCACGGCCUGCUCCAUCGGACUUUUCGGCCCACAGAUCGGCAGCGCGUUGGGCUUUUUCGUUCCCGUGGCGCUCGUGUCCGGAGUGCCCGAAAACGACGAUUGGUCCACGGUUCAAUUCGAACUGAGUCUCGUUUUCUACGGCGUCGCCAUUUAUUCCACAGUAAUUUUCGUCCUUCACUUGAUUUUCUUAGAGUCGGAACCUGCGACUCCGCCUGGAAACGCGCAAGCUAGCCGAAGCAACGACCAAGAGUCGGUGAAAAAAUACAUCAAGGCGCAGUUCAGUUUGAUGAAAAACGUCAACUUCGUGCUCGUUUUCCUCACGUACAGCAUUAACCUGGCCGUUUUCUCGGCAAUCACGGUUUUUCUCAGCCAAAUGAUCCGGCCAAUUUAUCCGGAUACCGAAAACGACGCAGGCUACAUGGGAGUUUUGAUCACUCUCAUUGGAAUCGUCGGCUCCGUUUUGGUCGGAUUUAUUCUAGACAGAAGCAGACGCUACAAAGAGAUGAAUAUCAUCGUUUACGCUCUAUCGACCGUCGCGAUGGUCGCUUACACAUUUUUGCUGAGGUCCGGAAACAUCAUUUUCGUCUACGUCGGAGCAGGCUUAUUCGGAAUUACAAUGGUGGGAUAUCUGCCGGCUGCGUUCGAAUUGGCGGCCGAGCUGACCUACCCUGAACCUGAGGCGAGUUCGGCCGGGAUGAUGACCUUCGGCUGCCAACUGCUCUCCGUGCUCUACACCCUGGCCUACGGCUGGCUUUUCGAAGCGUACGGCGACCUGGCCAGCAACCUUUUCAUGAGCGCUUCACUGCUGCUUGGCACCGUGCUCGCCUUUUUCGUCAAGUCAGACCUCAGGAGGCAACGAGCAGAAAAUAAAUACUCCAAAUAAAUAAAUCUGUCCUGAUUAAUUUGUUUUAUAAAAUAUUUAUUACUCUUUUAAUUAAUUUCUUCUCUAGUUGUAAUAUUUUUAAUAUCGUUUUAAAAAAUUGGGAAAUAACCUAAUUUUGCUAAAUUGCGAGCGCACAUUUUAAUUUUAUUAAUUUUCAAGGAAAUCUACUCCAA